GAGAGUUCUCUGUUUUGUCAUCAGAGAGGCGGGGCUGUAGAAUGUGCUCGGUGCCAGUCUGUGUGUGUGCGUGUGUGUCGAUGGCUUGUAGUGUGUCUGGUCGUGUGCUGUGUCGUGCAUGCUGGACAACCUGGUGAGAUGAGACUGCGGUCAACUAGAUCAGGGAGGAUGGUCCUGUCUAUGUAGGUCAAGAUAAUUCGAGGUGAGGAAAAACAAGACAGCAAUGUGCGGCGUUUCCUCAACGUAAGUCUUCCUUGUCCCCCCUUGGGCCUGCACAGCAUCCUAUGACAGGGGUAAAAUGUCUUCCGAUUCCAACAACCCGUGCUCCGCUGUUGUUUCAGCAGACGAUGUUCCGGCUCCAGCGAAUACUACGACAGCAACAGCGGCUUCCAUCGCCCUCACUGGCGUCAACAACAAAAACGGCAGCAGCACAAUCAUCAACAGGUCGGCAACAACAACAACAACAGCACCACCACAAACAACCACAACGUUAGCAACAGCAACAACAACGACAACCGCCACCACCACAGCAGCAGCAGUAGCAGCAGCAACAACAUCUGCAGCAGCACCCUCUCAGUCCACCUCCAGCAGCACAACCACCAACAACACCCUCAGCCCCUUCGACCUGAGCGGUCUCGGGAUGGGCUUUGGUCUCUACAGACCCCGACGGCCCAGCUACACGUUCGCUACCAAGUGCAACAGGCAGAGAAACGAAAGUUACCGGCAUGCAACUCGCCGGGAGAACCUCGACUCUACCUCUGAGCCCAUGAGCGCUGACGGCGACUUUAUCGAGGACGUGUUACGGAGCAGAACUCGUAAGAUCAGCUACAUAAAAGCCACUAAAUUUUCGGAGGAGUACGGUUCUACGUCAGCCUGUGGGGUGAGUACUUCUCACGUCAUCGUUCCUGGCUCUGACGGCGACGACGAUGAUGAUUAUGAUGACGAUGAUGACGUACUAAGGAUCGAGGACGGCACAAGGGGAGGUUCACAGCUAAGCGUUCAUUCAAGGACUUCUGGAUUCGAGACCAUUAAAGUUACUCUGAAUAACCAUUCGGAUAAUAUCCUCACAAAUGCAAACAACGACGAAGACGUAGUUUUCUGUGAAAGUCAAAACUAUCUGAAUCACAAAAGUGCCCAAAAUUGCCCUUCGCUGCAGGGGUCGAAAGUUAAUAGUCUCGGGCGAGGAGACUCCAAAAGCACCGGAACGUGGAGAUCUUCUCGAUUCAAACUUGAAGGAUCUAAAAAUGUUUCUAACAUUAUAUCUACGUUCACUUUUCAUAAGAAUGUAAUAGUUCUUUGUUGUAGUUUUAUCUUAGUUUUUUCGUCAUUCCAAGCUAUUCAGAAUCUUCAAUCCUCCAUGAACUCCGAGGGAAAUCUCGGCAUAUAUACGAUGAUGUCAGUUCAUAUCGCCAUGAUAUUCUCCUGUCUCGUGUCUCCAAUCAUCAUCAAUCUUUUCACUGCUAAAUGGGCUCUGUGCAUAGGAAUCCAUUGCUUUCUGAUUUGGUUCGGCGCAAACUUUCACCCAACGUUUUACACGUUAAUUCCGACCUCUAUGUUUGUUGGGCUGGGGAAAGGGAUAUUGUGGAGUGCUGAAAACGCUUACGUUUUAAGACUCGCCUGUGAAUCUUCACGGGUGAAGAGAACAACUUUGGAAAGUGAGAUGUUCCGUUUUCAUGGGAUUUUUCUUGCAUGUUUUCAAACAACGCAUAUUUGGGGCAAUCUCAUUUCAUCCUUGGUGCUCUCCUCCCACGCAAAAGAGGUAUCCCCGCCUAUGAGCUUUCCAGAUAUGGGCGGGGCAGACGGCAGCCCGGGAUAUGAAGGAGAAGGUGCUGAUGGAGGAGUAGCGUACCCGGAGCUUCCAGCCAACCAGAGUUCUUCUUACUACAGCAGUUACGACAGGAACUACGAGGGCGGGGGUAUGUCGGGAGAGAUGCCUCCCAUGCUGCUCAUGUCUCAGUGUGGGGCGUUGCACAGAUGUGGUAAAGCAGCCAUGACUAUCUUCCCAGGUGUUAUGCAAGGUAAGACACGUUAUAGACUGUAAUGACUUAGUAUUGUAAAUCCUUGACGGGACAAUUGGUCCCCCCCGGGCAGUG